AAGGUUCAAUUCAAAGCUAGUCGAAACUCGAAUCGGAGAGCAAAAAUGGGGUCGACUGCCAUUUAUACACAACAAGCAUUCUGCAAUCUCCAAAAAUUCACCCCUUUAAGCUACGCUAGCAGCUGUAGAAGUAUAAGGAGUAGGAGAAAAUGUGCGGUUCCGAUUAGGUGUUGCUCGCCGUCGCCGGCGGCGGAGGUAGCGACGGCGGCGAAAGAAAACCGGCGGGAAUUGCUGAAGAACGGCGACGAUAAUCUGGAAAUAUGCAGAGUAUUGAACGGGAUGUGGCAAACUAGUGGUGGAUGGGGAAGAAUCGAUCGAAACGACGCCGUUGAAGCUAUGCUUAAUUAUGCAGACGCUGGGCUUUCUACUUUCGACAUGGCUGACCACUAUGGACCUGCGGAAGAUCUUUAUGGCAUCUUCAUUAACAGAGUACGUAGAGAGCGCCCACCAGAACUUCUAGAAACUGUGAGAGGUCUUACCAAAUGGGUGCCACCACCGGUCAAGAUGACCCGCAGUUUUGUCAGUGAGAGCAUUGAUGUUUCAAGAAGAAGGAUGGAUGUUGCAGCCUUGGACAUGCUUCAAUUUCAUUGGUGGGACUACUCUAAUCCUGGAUACUUAGACGCACUAAAGCACCUCACGGAUCUCAAAGGAGAAGGCAAGAUUAAGACCAUUGCUCUGACUAAUUUUGACACUGAGAGAUUAAGGAUAAUUCUGGAAAAUGGGAUUCCGGUUGUUAGCAAUCAGGUACAACAUUCAAUUGUUGACAUGCGUCCUCAACAGAAAAUGGCAGAGCUUUGUCAGCUUACAGGAGUCAAACUUAUAACGUAUGGAACAGUAAUGGGAGGGUUAUUAUCUGAAAAGUUCCUCGAUACCAACUUAACGAUACCUUUUGCUGGCCCUGCAUUGAACACUCCUUCACUACAGAAGUACAAAAGGAUGAUUGAUGCUUGGGGAGGGUGGAGCCUCUUUCAAGAGUUGCUCAGGACACUGAAAACUGUUUCCAACAAACAUGGAGUCUCCAUUCCAACAGUUGCUGUGAGAUUUAUACUGGAUCAGCCAGCCGUGGCAGGAUCAAUGAUAGGUGUUAGGCUUGGUCUGUCACAACAUAUUAAAGAUGCCAAUGCUGUGUUUUCUCUUGUUCUUGAUGAAGAAGACAUUAGCAACAUCCUACAAGUUACAAACAAGGGCAGAGAUCUUCAAAAAGUUAUUGGCGACUGCGGGGAUGAAUACAGGCGUGCUUAGAGCCACAAGGGCGGAGAAAUUCACUUGAUAUGUAUAAAUAAUCUAUCGAGAACCUCGAUAAGAAAAAAAAGGUUAUGUUUUAUUAAAAUUAAUAAACUUCAAACCCUGGAUCAUUCAUUAUCUUCUCUAUAAACUUGUAUAG